AUGAAUCAAGCUGGUUAGAGACCAAGUCGAUGCAUUCAACAAUAAACUCUAGUUAAAGAUUUCUGUUAAAUAAAAAUGAACAAUGCAUUAGUUUUAUAUUAAUAAACUUUCUCAGAAUCAUUAUCAAUUUGCUCUCACUAAGUAGAGUAUUUUUAUAUAAAUAAUCAAUUAGUACCAAAGUUAAAAAUGAUUGA